UUAUUUUACCAAAUUAAAACCCUAAAAACAACAAAACAAAAAGAUAAAGCCGCUACUCCUUUGCCCCUUCGGUGCAUCGGAAUCAAGUCGGAGUCGUACUCAACUCAACUUCCCGGAAAACGCCACCGCUCUUCAUCUCCGGCCACCACAAACACUCACAAACUCUUCCAGUUUUCUACGAUGGGAAAGAAAAAGACAAAUGAUGCAGGUCCAUCUACAAAAGCUAAGGCUGGUAGCAAAGAUCCUACUAAGAAGGAAAAACUUUCAGUCUCUGCCAUGUUGGCAAAUAUGGAUGACAAAGCUGAAAAGCCUAAAAAAGGAUCUUCUACAAAUAAGCCGAAGCCAAAAGCUGCUCCGAAAGCUUCUGCGUACACUGAUGAUAUAGAUCUUCCUCCCUCUGAUGAUGAUGAGUCAGAAGAGGAGCUAGAGGAAAAGCAUAGACCUGAUGUGAAGCCACUUGAGGUGUCUAUUGCUGAAAAAGAGUUGAAAAAACGUGAAAAAAAAGAUAUUAUAGCUGCCCAUGUGGCUGAACAGGCAAAGAAAGAAGCUCUUAAGGAUGAUCGUGAUGCUUUCACUGUUGUCAUUGGAAGUCGGGCUUCGGUGCUUGAUGGAGAUGAUGGUGCUGAUGCUAAUGUUAAGGAUAUAACGAUUGAAAAUUUUUCCGUGUCUGCUCGAGGUAAAGAACUUCUGAAGAAUGCCUCAGUGAAGAUAUCUCAUGGCAAGCGGUAUGGUUUGGUUGGGCCGAAUGGAAUGGGAAAGUCAACACUUUUGAAGCUUCUUGCUUGGAGGAAGAUACCAGUACCUAAGAAUAUUGAUGUCCUUCUGGUUGAGCAGGAGGUAGUUGGUGAUGAUAAAACAGCGCUUGAAGCCGUUGUUUCGGCUAAUAUUGAACUUGUUAAAGUUCGACAAGAAGUUGCUGAUCUACAGAAUGUAGCUUCUGGUGAAGGUGUGGAUAAAGAUGAUACUAAUGAGGAAGAUGAUGCAGGAGAAAAGCUAGCAGAGCUGUAUGAACAAUUACAGCUGAUGGGGUCUGAUGCUGCUGAAUCUCAAGCGUCAAAAAUUUUAGCUGGUCUGGGUUUUACAAAGGAUAUGCAGGUCCGUCCUACCAAAUCCUUUAGUGGGGGCUGGAGGAUGAGAAUUUCUUUAGCUCGAGCACUUUUUGUGCAGCCCACUCUAUUAUUGCUCGAUGAACCCACUAAUCAUCUUGACCUGAGGGCUGUUCUCUGGUUAGAAGAGUACUUGUGUCGUUGGAAGAAAACUUUGGUCGUUGUAUCACACGAUAAAGAUUUUCUCAAUACAGUAUGCUCUGCGAUUAUUCACCUGCAUGAUUGGAAACUUCAUUUGUAUAAUGGAAAUUUUGAUGCUUUUGAGACCGCGUAUGAACAGCGUCGUAGAGAGGUGAAUAAGAAGUAUGAUACUUAUGACAAGCAAAUGAAAGCGGCUAGAAGGACUGGAAGCAAGGCUCAACAAGAUAAGGUGAAGGAUCGAGCCAAGUUUGCAGCAGCUAAGGAAGCAUCAAAAAGCAAAAGUAAGGGUAAGGUUGAUGAGGAUGAGGCCCAAGUAGAGGUACCACACAAGUGGAGGGACUACAAUGUAGAGUUCCACUUUCCUGAACCUACUGAGCUCACACCACCACUUCUGCAGCUUAUUGAAGUGAGCUUCAGCUACCCAAACCGAGAGGAUUUCAGACUCUCAGAUGUUGAUGUUGGCAUUGAUAUGGGGACUCGUGUUGCCAUUGUUGGGCCUAAUGGAGCUGGAAAAUCUACACUGCUAAAUCUUCUAGCUGGUGAUUUGGUUCCAAGUGUAGGUGAAGCUCGAAAGAGUCAGAAGUUGAGGAUAGGGAGAUACUCCCAACACUUUGUGGACCUACUAACAAUGGACGAAACACCUGUUCAGUACCUUCUUCGUCUCCAUCCAGACCAGGAAGGAUUUAGUAAGCAGGAGGCUGUCCGUGCACAACUUGGUAAAUUUGGGUUACCUAGUCAUAACCAUCUUACCCCCAUUGUCAAACUAUCAGGAGGGCAGAAAGCUCGUGUGGUCUUCACGUCGAUAUCCAUGUCAAAACCUCACAUUUUAUUGUUAGAUGAACCCACAAAUCAUCUGGAUAUGCAAAGUAUUGAUGCAUUGGCUGAUGCGCUUGAUGAAUUCACCGGUGGAGUUGUUCUUGUUAGUCACGAUUCUAGAUUGAUAUCUAGUGUCUGUGAUGAUGAAGAAAGGAGUCAAAUAUGGAUUGUUGAGGACGGCACUGUCAGAAAAUUCCCUGGAACAUUUGAAGAUUACAAGGAAGAUUUGGUGAAAGAGAUUAAAGCUGAAGUUGAUGAUUGAGCUUCCUUUUGUGAGAACAAUUUUAUGGCGACAAUUUCCAAAUAUAUUUCUUUAUCAUACACUUGUCUCCUAUAUUUUGCUGAUAAAGAUGACUUGUCCAACCGCAGAUGCCAAAUUUUGCAUCUCUUCUCUCUGCUUUUCAUCUUCAGCUGUACAACUGAGUGUAAUUAUAUGUUGCGGGAAAUGCUGCCAAUGCUUUUUGUGAGACUUGCAGUUUUAAAUUUACAAAUAAUACUAUAAUAGGAAUGUGUGGUUCAACAUUUAUGACUAAAUAAACAUUUGUGUUAUUGCUAAAAUUGUUGUUGAUGUUGUUUCCAUUCAACAAAUCUGUCUCAUAAUGAUAUCUUUUGAUUCAAA